AUGGUACCUGAUCCGUCAAGUUUACAGAAGGUGAUGAGCUUAUUGAUUUUAUUCUUUAGCAUAUUUUAUUCGUUGAAUCAUGGUUUUAACUUUGUUUCUACAGCGGACAUAAUUUCUGCUAUUGAAUUUGACAAGUCUGGUGAUCGUCUUGCUACCGAUGACCGCGGUGGUCGAGUAGUUCUCUUUGAACGGACAGAUUCAAAAGAUCAGCAUGCAUCAAGAAAGGAUUUGAAGAGUACCGCCUAUUCUAAUAGUCGGCAUCCUGAGUUCCGCUACAAACGCGUUAACGAUGCUCACCCACGCAGUUCAUGGUUUGCGGCUUAG